AUGACAGGGGUCUUAACAGUUCCUCCGCAGAUGUUACCGACGGGUAAGGGGAAGGAAGGUCCGCUGCCGUUUAAACGCGGAGCAUUUAACCGCCUCGUCCAGACGCACCAGACGCUGUCCGUGCUGAAUCCUUUCCGAACCACGGACGCCGCAAUCCUGCAGGACACGGAUCUCGCCGGACCUUUGGUGUUCGGCCUGGCCUUGGGCGCCUUCCUGCUGUUGUCGGGCAAGGUGCACUUCGGGUACAUCUACGGCAUCGGGGUGCUGGGCUGCCUGGCGGUGUACGCCCUCCUGAGCUUGAUGGCCGUGUCGGGCGUGACCUUGGGCGCCGUGGUGUCCGUGCUGGGAUACUGCCUGCUGCCCAUGGUCGGACUGUCCGGCGUGAACCUGGUCUUCAGCUUGCAGUGA